AGAGAGAGAGAGAGAGAGAGAGAGAGAGAGAGAGAGAGAGAGAGAGAGAGAGAGAGAGAGAGAGAGAGAUCAGGUAUGGGCUGUGUUUGUUCCAAUGCCAGAGACGAGCCGGAGAGUCCCAAUCCGGGCAAGUCGUCGCAACCGAAGGUGGUUAGGAGCGUCGAUCGCGAUCGCGAUGCUCGUCCAGAAGAUGGCCAGAAACAUCCCCUCGACCCCACGCGGCCUAGUAAGGUGGAGGUUAAUGGGGUUAUCGUCGCCCCCCAUCUACCCUCCACCAAAGGCCAAUCCCAUCAUGACACCAUUCGCUCUUUUCGCCCCGAUAAAGCCCUUCCCUUGGCAGGCAGUGCCGUCUCCGAGAGCGUCGCUGCUGGUUGGCCUAGUUGGCUUUCUACGGUUGCGGCUGAAGCAAUAAGAGGAUGGGUUCCCCGAAAAGCGGAUUCGUUCGAAAAAAUCGAGAAGAUUGGGCAAGGGACGUACAGUAAUGUGUACAAGGCAAGGGAUUUAGAAGAUGGGCAGCUUGUUGCUCUGAAGAAGGUUCGGUUUGACAACAUGGAGCCGGAGAGCGUACGAUUCAUGGCACGAGAGAUUGAAGUGUUGAGGAAGCUGGAUCAUCCCAAUAUUGUCAGAUUGAAGGGGCUGGUGACGUCCCGCGUCUCCUGCAGCUUGUACCUGGUGUUUGAGUACAUGGAACAUGAUUUGGCUGGCCUUGCUGCUUGCCCUGGUGUGCAGUUUCAUGAGUCACAGAUCAAAUGCUACAUGCAGCAGCUGUUGAGAGGGCUGGAGCACUGCCACAUUAAGGGUGUGUUGCACCGGGACAUAAAGGGAUCGAAUCUACUGCUGGACAACAAGGGCAACCUCAAGAUCGCAGAUUUUGGACUCGCGACGUUUUAUCGCCCAGAUGCGAAUGUGCCGCUCACAAGCCGAGUUGUCACACUGUGGUAUCGGCCUCCCGAGCUACUGCUUGGUGCCACCAACUACGGUGCAGCAGUGGAUCUGUGGUCGACCGGAUGCAUCUUGGCCGAACUGAUAGCAGGGAAACCUAUCAUGCCUGGGCGAACUGAGGUUGAACAACUGCAUAAGAUCUUCAAGCUGUGCGGAUCGCCCUCGGAGGAGUACUGGAGGAAGAGCAAGCUCCCCCACGCAACAAUGUUCAAACCUCAGCAACCUUAUAAGCGGAGCCUGAGUGACGUGUUCAAAGACUUCCCGCCUACGAGCUUGGCCCUCCUGGAGACCCUCUUGGCAAUUGAACCAGGAGAUAGAGGCACGUCGACAUCUGCGCUGAAAAGUGAUUUCUUCAACACAAAACCAUUGCCUUGUGAACCAUCGAGCUUACCGGAAUACCCGCCGUCGAAAGAAUACGAUGCGAAGUUGAGAGAUGAAGAGGCACGGAGAAACAGGCUGAGGAAGGUUGAGCCGAGGAACGACAACAGGCGGCAGGCGAAGGUGCGACUGCCCCAUAUUCAUAAUGCGGAGCUGGACACAUCAUUGACGAUGCACACGAACAGGAUGCGGCUUGCGCUGAGCUCCUCGAAGACGUCAAAGAGCGACAAGUUUCCGCCGUUGAUUGAGCAUUCGGCGGGGUUGAUAGGACUCGGACCUCAUGCUGGGCAGCUUCCGGGGGAAAGACGGGAUAGCAGCCCAAGGGCUGCCCCGCGAGUACUGCCUUCGUCGAAAAGCGGACCACAGCCUAUGGUGAAACCGGGAACGUCAGGAGCAGCUCUUUGGGGGUUGACAAAGGACGAUGAGCGAUUGCCGCCAGGAGCGCCGCUGCCACCACCACGGGGGCGCCCAGCGAAGAGCAUCACUGUACCCGACUUGCCACUGCACAGUGGCUAUCCACCAGCGCCUCCGGAAGCGUCGAUUCUGGUGGGACAAGGAGGGAGGAGUGGGGAUCAUUAUGGCGGCGCACACGGCCACCACGUUCAUGCGAAUGCGAGGCAUGUGCUGAAGCGGCACCAUCACGGGGAACGGGACAGAGAGAGGGAGCAUCGAGAAAGGGAACAGAGGGAGAGAGAAAGCCACCGACGACAUCAUGAGCAAGUUCUUCGUGAGCCCCGUGAGGGUAGGGACCGUGAUAGCAGAGAUCGGGAAGGGAGAGACCGAGAAUCGAGGGACAGAGAGGCACAUAACUCGCAACAGCAGCACCGAGAGAGCCGAGACAUUAGGGAGUACCCGAGAGAACAGCAGCGGGAGGGACGGGACCUCCGAGAGCAACCGAGGGAGAAGGACUAUCAUCACUCCCAGCAGAACAGGGUAGCUGCCGUGGAGGAUGGCAUGGACCAGGGUGUGCACGUGUUGCAAAGCACUCGGCGUAUGCCUCUGAGCUCGUCAACCACCUCCAUGGGCUCUCAGCAAGUCGCCAGGAAGACGUCUGCAGCCGCCCUUAUUAUGGAAAAACGACUAUACGAGCAGCACAAGGGCUGGCCGCCUUCCGGUGUCCACGGUCGUAAUGGUGCAAAUGACACAGCUGACCUCAUGGAGUCUAGCAACGGGACGACCCACCUCGUAACCGUGCCCGCAAGUCAGCAGAAGAAGAAGUGGGUGACCCGGCCCGAUGGAUUGCCUCUUGGCACUGAGAAGGUGCUAACGACGCACGGCCAUGGCAAUGACUGAGGUCAGUGUGGAUGGACAUACAGUGGGAAACGAUUUAGCAUAAGUUAUGUUCAGGUCCAAUGCCGUUCGCUCUCUUUCUUGCAAAACAGGACUGCUGUCAGAUGCUGUGAAACUCUCUUUACUUGGGAGUUUUUGUGGAAGAUGGAAAGAGAGACACGACGGACUGCACAGUGCAGAGCUCUGAAGACCGGGAACGUGGAACUAGCAAUGGAGACAGGGAAAGCGGAACUCUGCUAAAGGUGGGGAAAGAGUGUGAGAAAUGUUCUGCUCGAGGAAGCGAGAGAGAGAGAGAGAGAGAGAGAGAGAGAGAGAGAGAGAGAGAGAGAGAGAGAGAGAGAGAGAGAGAGGGUGAGGGAGAGGAAAAGGAGACAGAGCGACAAGGGAGGAAGUCAGACAUUGGGAGAAGGAAUCCCCGACAAGAUAACUGCUCGCCAGCGGUCUUGCUGAGCACGAGGCGAGUUGUGCGGCUGUCAAAGUAUGAGAUAGGUAUUUAAACUCUUUCAAUUCUUGGGAUGGGAAUAUAGGUCUCUGUCUCCCGUAACAUGCUGUGCCAGGUGAUAAUUUCCAAAUUUUUAAUUGAUUGUUUAGAUCAGGUUUUGACAUAUUCAUGAGAGCUUAGACUGGAUUUUGAGUCGGUUCGUCUCCCCUGUCCUUCGCUCCUCCCCUUUUGCUGUUCGGUUGGCCACAAGUUAAGAGGAUGGAGGAAGGAUACUAGGCGUGAGCACGGUAGCAGAAAUGCACCCUUGAAAUCCUGGAGCAUUUUGUUGGAGUGUCCAGGGGGAUUGCUGGGGGGGAGGCGGGAGGAGGGGGGGGGGGGGGGAGGAAGAGGGUUAAGGAAGGGACAAUGGUCAAGUUGAGGGGAAGAGCGAGGCGGGGUAGUUGUGAUUGCAAUAUCAGGGGCUUUUUCUGGCCUACUCAAGCGAGUCCAGCAUGCUUCGAGUUGCACUUUACCGGCAAAGGCAAUCGAUCUAAGGCUUCUCGCAGGCUCUCGCCGUUGGUUGUUGAUCCAUGACUUGGAAAUAAUGUCGGCUCAAGGAAAGAACGGUAGGAUGCGUGUGUGUGUGGGUGGGUGGGUGGGUGUGGGUGUGUACGUACAGAGGUGGAGGUAGUGUUGUGGGCAGUCAUGUUGAGUCUAGCGAAGGCGGUAGCAUUGCCGCGUGGAUUGGGGAUAGGGGGUCCAACAAGAAGGCCAGGGGAGUGGAUGAUAUCCACAGGAGGUUACAUGAUGCAAGAGGGCCACGGAGUUGUUCUCCCGUGUUGUUUGCAGCUGUAAAUGCUACGAUGUCGACCUUGUACACAUCUGUCCGGAAAGGGAGAGGGACACAAAAGAACUCCGGGUGUUGGAAGGCGGCGGACUUGAAGGUGGAAGUAAGACCUAAUCUUCUAUCCUCUGUACCUGCAGGCCUGUAUUGUCUUUAUACAUGGGAGCGCAAGGAAAGCAAAGAGGUAAGCGGGGAUGGGAUGACAAGUUACGGGUUGGGUUGGGUUGGAUUGGUAGAGCUGAGAGAGAGAGAGAGAGAGAGAGAGAGAGAGAGAGAGAGAGAGAGAGAGAGAGAGAGAGAGAGAGAGAGAGAGAGAGAGAGGAGGUGGGUUCUCGAUGGGCAAUAAGGGUCGGGCCGUUCCAAGCCAGAAAUGCAUAAUUAUGCUUAUGGUAGAUAUCUACGUUCUUUUCGAAGGAACCGGUGUAGGUGUUCGUUGGUUUGUACUUGCAGUUGACGGCAGAAGCUUGCCAGGCCUUAGCGCUUGCAUGCGGGAGGACCUGAUCGCUGAUGGCGCACUGAGCAAUGGGCAUUAGAUGGGAUGGAAGUGCUGCUGUUGUGCCGUAUGGUUUUUGCAUCGGACAGCAUUAAUAUCAAAGCCUGUAGUGAAAUUACUGGUUGUGGAUCAGUGUUAGAGCCCAUAUAAGGU